AUGUCUUCGAGCACUCGAGCCUUAUUCAACGGCAACACUGGCCCUACUUGGGAGGAUGAGGUCAAAGAAUUGAACAAGCAAUUGAAAGAGGCCAAGUAUCUUUCUGGUUUCCACGGAGAUGCUCUCAUUGGAGACAAGUUUCGGCCCCAGGUCAAGUGGUGGAGUGACCUUGGAAGUGUUCUCACGUUCAAGAACAUCCCUGCUAUCAAGACCGUUUUGAUCAAGUACAUCCAAACCCGAUCCCUCGACAAAACAAACCUAGCCCAACUCGUCGGCUCCGUUUCCAAUGACAGUAUCCUCCGCGCCAAAUUCAUCGAGACAGAAGUCAAGAAUAAGUAUGAGCGCAUGCUUCACCCGCCCGUAACUUACCUCGGCGAUGCCUUCAAGUAUCGCACUGCAGAUGGAAAGUUCAAUAGUGCAAUGCAUCCUCAACUUGGACAAGCCGGUGCACCUUACGCCAAGACUGUCCCAAGUAAAACUCACCCGCUAGGAGCCUUGCCUGAUCCCGCUGAUCUCUUUGAUCGUCUUAUGGCGCGCCAAGAUCCCGGCCCUGAUGGAAAAGGCCGGCCUAGCACUUCUGGUUUGUCGAGCAUGCUAAUCUACCACGCUACUAUCAUUAUUCAUGAUAUUUUCAGGACGAAUGAUAGCGACAAAAACAUUUCUGACUCAUCUUCGUACCUGGAUCUUUCACCGCUUUACGGGUUCACCGAUGAAAUGCAGCGAAAGGUUCGCGAUGAUAAGUAUAAGCUAGGUCUUCUCAAACCUGACACUUUCGCCGAAGAUCGAUUGCUCCGUCAACCCCCCGGCGUUUGUAUCUAUCUCGUCAUGUACAACCGCUACCACAAUUACGUCGCCACUCAACUCCGUCGCAUCAACGAAAAUGGCCGCUUCUCAGUCCCUACAAAGUUCCUGCUCGCGCCACUUGCAUCAGCCGCCAAAGAAUUCGUCAAGCCGGAUCCCGAGUUUCAAACUCAAGUUGACAUGUAUCAUAACGAGUGGAAACGUCGGCAGUCAGCUGGUCUUGGAAAUGACAAGGUCGAUCCGGAGUCUGACUUUGGGGAUCUGACAGAGUUUCUGAAGCAGAGAAUUUUGAAGGGUAUUGAAGAUGGAUUGAAGGAGCAGAGACAGAAGAUGAAGGAUCUUUGUAUUGAGGUUAUGGGGAAGGAUGAUCAUAAGGAUGUUGGGGAUAAGAGAUUGAAAAACAUCAAUCCGGAGGUGGUCUUGGAGGAGUUUUUGAAGGCGCACGCAGCUGCUUGGGAUAAGCUUGACGAAGAUCUCUUUCAAACCGCCCGACUGAUCACCUGCGGCAUGUAUAUCCAGAUCUCGAUUCACGAUUAUCUCCGCGCCCUCAUGGGCUUCCACAACUUCGACACCAACUUCACCCUCGACCCCCGCGUUGAAAUGAAGAACCACAAAAACGUCUCCCGCGGCCUGGGCAACCAAGUCACCGUCGAGUUCAACCUCCUCUACCGUUUCCACUGCGCCAUCUCCAUGAAAGACGAGCGCUACGCCGAAACCUUCAUGAAAGAGCUUUUCGAAAAGGACGAGACCUGGAAUCCUAAAGAUCUCAACCUUCCACAGUUUAUGGGACUCAUGCAAAAGUCCAAGGCAAAGGCGAGCCUGUUUCCAAAGCCUGAGCCGUGGCAGCAGGAGUUUGGAGUUAUGAAGGAUGGACAUCCGGAUUUUAAACCGUUCAAGAGGAAUGAGUUUACCGGGUUGUUCGAUGACAAGGCCAUGGUUGAGGAGUUGACUAGUGCUAUGGAUGAUCCCAUUGCGAAUUUCGGUCCUCUCAACGUCCCCAGAUGUCUCAGAGCUGUUGAGGUCCUAGGCAUCAUGCAAGCACGCAAAUGGGAAAUCGGCACACUCAAUGACUUCCGUGACUUCUUCGGCAUGAAGCGUCACGACUCCUUUGAGUCCAUCACUCCCAACGAAAAGGUCCAGAACGCCUUGAGAGACCUGUACGAGCAUCCCGACAAAGUGGAACUCUACCCAGGCGUCUUCUGCGAGACUAACCAAGCCAACGGUCAACUAAAUGCCGAUCCUGGUCCAAGUGAUCUUGACUCUGCUUUAUGGGCCGCUAUCUUCUCCGAUGCCAUCACCCUCGUCCGAUCUGAUCGUUUUUACACCGUCGACUGGAACACAAACUCUUUGACAAACUGGGGGAUGAAAGAAGUCACACCCGACAGCGAUGUCCUCAAGAGCUCAAUGUUCCAUCGUCUUAUUCAGCGCGCAUUCCCAGAAUGGUAUCCUUACGACUCAAUUCGUUUCUUCCACCCUUUCUACACCGCUGAGAAGAACGCCGAACUUGCGAAGCAGCAAGGUUACGACAAGGAGUUUAGCAUGAAGACUGAGGCUUUGCGAAAGGCUGAGAAGAACUCCCGUGGCGAGAUGACCAAGACAAAGUACCAUACUGCCCAGUCUGAUCCUCAACGCCCUAGCAAGACGAUCUAUCUUACCAAUAGGGAGGAUAUCAAGCUUAUUCUGGAGGAUACAAAUGAUAUUCUGGUACAUCCUGCCCGAACUAGGAUCUCUGAUCUUCCAAAGGAGAUUCAUGAUGUUUUGAAACCUGGCCAGAAUGAUAACCCCGCCAAGAACGGUGCUCCUCAAGAAGCAGCUGCUCGACACUCGGCCGUUGACCACGAACACGUAAUGUCAUACCUCAUCGCCAUCUCCCGCAACGUUAUCAAACGCGAAGUCGUGACCAUGGAAAAAGGAAUCUACCAACUCGACAUAGUCCGCGACUUCGCCAUCCCCGUCGUAACACGCUAUGUCGCCGAUUUCCUUGGUUUCGGGCAUCUUCUCCGCAGUGACACCAAUUCCGACGCUCCAUACUCCGAGAACGAAGUGUAUCAGCACAUCAACAACUGCCAAGUGUUUUUAUCCUACAACACUGAUGAGACAAAGCUUCUGAAGAGACGAAAAGCGUUUAGGGAUUCAAUGGGCUUUUUGCUCAAGUUGACUGAGGAAGGGAAUGUUAAAGAGGCGGGACGUUGGAAGAUGACGAGAUGGUUUGGGAGUGUUUUUGGAGCUUUGGGGGGCAAGAAGGAGAAUUAUAUGGAGGCGCUGGGAUAUCGUGUUGCAACGGAGAUUAUUGAGAGGGAGCAUGAUACCGGCAAGGCGGCUGCUAUCCUUCUCUUGACUGGGUUGGACAGUGCCUACAAUGUUGUUCUAGCGUUCACUUCGACCAUGGAGUCCUUCUUCAACAGCCUUUACGCAGAGAAGCCCAGUCCCAGACAGCAAGAGAUCAAAUCUCUUUGGCUCAAAGUUCAGUCACUCGCAUUCGACGAUGAGAUCAAGUCUAUCGAACGCAUCCAGGCCAUUGUGCUGAAGGUGCAGCGAUGGAGUGUUCGACUUCCAGUCAUCCGCAAAGCUUCGCAGGAUACCAUGAUUCAAGUUCACAAACGCACGAAUGACAAGCCUGUUGUCGAGGUGGCUGAGAGGGUCAAAGUCCUGAAGGGCACUACCGUCGUUUGCGACAUUAACCGAGCAGAGCAGAAAAACACCUCCGAAACACCCGACGAGCGAGAAGAACUGAACUACUGCUCCAGCUUUGCAGAGGCAUUCAGCGGAUAUCAUCCCAAACACGUCGCCGCAACUGGUCUCGUGACCAUGAUCAAAGUUCUCGCCCAGCUACAGAACCUUCGUCGCGGUCACGAUACCCAAGGUGUUUCCAAGAAGGUCUCUAUCGAUGCUUCUUGUGUUGGAUAUGCCAAUUACAUGGCGCCCAUGCGGCUCAAGGAGAUUGAACUCAAGGUCAAGGAGGCUAAGAAGAGUAAGGGUCUUACGGAUGAGGAAGUUGAUGCUAUUUUCCCUUCGGAUAUUAGAAAGCCUGCCACGGCGACUUAUCUUACUCCAGAGUGGGAUGAGAUGGUUCCUUUUCCGACUACUUGGAAAAUGCGCUUUGAUGGGUACGGUGUCUCAGAUUACAGUACCAAUGAUUGGGAGGCUCUCAAGGUCUUCAAGGUGCCCGAUGACAUCCAGCCAUUUUAUCAGCCGAAUGGGCCCAGUCACAUCGGCGGCUCGUUCGCUACACCUGUUUGCGUGUGCCAUGGUAGCUGGAAGGACAAGGACAGGGCCAAGGAGCAUGAACAUCUGGAGAAUGAAGAACCUGGAGCUCAUGAGGUCCUUGCCGCUUGUGGACACGCUCAUGCACCUCAGCCUGCUACUUCGGGAUGCAAGAUUGGUUGA